CCAUAAGAACGUGUGUAUUUUAAUAUUUGACAGAUGUAGCUGGCAGUCUGUCUCUCUCUAUGUGUUCAGCACAUGAGAGUAAACAAGUUGUGCAGUUGCGUAUAUGUCCGUGUCGACGUUUCCAUUCAUCCCGAUCUUGUUAUUGUCGUGUAUGUUUUAGAAAUUUUACUUUUAGUUUUGAACUGAAUUUCGACAAUGGAUGUAAACAAAAAAAUUAGUAUACGAUUGGUGGAGACUGUAGAAAAGUAUCCAUGUUUGUACAACAAUACGCUCAAAGAGUAUUGUAACAGAAAUUGCACAGAAGCGGCAUGGGUAGAGGUAGCAGAGGAGCUUUCCAGUACAC